AUGGCCGGUAUAUUCGAGGCUCCGCGUAAUGCGGGCACCCUAUUCCUUGGUGGCCAGAAGAUCAGCGGCUCCGACAUUCGAGACCAGAACGUGCUCGCAACACAAGCGAUUGCCAAUGUCGUCAAAUCCUCCUUUGGACCUUCUGGGUUGGACAAGAUGAUGGUGGAUGACAUUGGAGACGUCACCGUCACCAAUGAUGGCGCCACAAUUUUAAGUCUGCUCGAUGUUGAACACAUGGCAGGAAAGAUCCUGGUUGAUCUGGCACAACAACAAGAUAAAGAAGUUGGAGAUGGGACAACGUCUGUCGUACUCAUUGCCGCAGAACUGCUAAGACGGGCGAAUGAGCUGAUGAAAAACCGGAUACACCCUACUGUCAUCAUUACAGGCUAUCGAUUAGCCUUGCGAGAGGCGGUCAAGUACAUGCAAGAGAAUAUCAGCACAAAGGUGGAAACACUUGGAAGAGACAGUCUGGUCAACAUUGCUAAGACCUCAAUGUCUAGCAAGAUCAUCGGGGCAGACGCGGAUUUCUUCGCCAACAUGGUGGUUGAUGCAAUGCAGUCGGUCAAGUCGGUCAAUACCCAGAGAAACGAAGUCAAAUAUCCCGUCAAAGCUGUCAACAUCUUGAAAGCACACGGCAAAAGUGCCACAGAAUCAAUCCUAGUCAAGGGAUAUGCACUGAAUUGUACAGUUGCAUCCCAGGCAAUGAAGACACGGAUAACGGACGCCAAAAUUGCAUGUCUUGACAUGAACCUACAGAAGGAACGAAUGAAACUUGGUGUACAGAUCACGGUUGAGGAUCCCUCACAACUGGAAAAGAUCCGAGAACGGGAGGCAGGAAUUGUUCUAGACAGAGUUGACAUGAUUCUCAAGUCUGGGGCCAACGUUGUGUUGACAACCAAGGGUAUCGACGAUCUUGUCUUGAAGGCCUUUGUCGAGCGUGGAUGUAUGGGUGUCCGAAGGUGCAAGAAGGAAGACUUGAGGCGCAUAGCAAAAGCCACAGGCGCCACUUUGGUCAGUACCUUGUCCGACUUGAAUGGCGAUGAGAGGUUCGAUAAAGAGUUUCUCGGAUACGCCGAAGAAGUGGUCCAGGAGCGCAUCUCAGACGAUGAGUGUAUCCUUGUAAAGGGCACAAAGGCUUUUUCAUCAGCUUCAAUCAUCCUUAGAGGAUCAAACGACUAUCAACUCGACGAGAUGGAACGCUCCGUACACGAUUCCCUAUCUGCCGUCAAACGAACCCUCGAGUCGGGCAGUAUCGUACCCGGAGGUGGCGCAGUGGAGACUGCACUAUCCAUCUACCUCGAAGAGUUCGCCAUGACAGUGUCCUCCCGAGAACAACUAGCAAUCGGCGAAUUUUCACAGUCUCUACUUGUCGUGCCUAAGACACUGUGUGUCAAUGCCGCCAAGGAUGCAUCUGAGCUUGUGGCUCAACUGAGGGUACGGCACGCACUCAGUCAGAGAGUCCAGGAAGGCGACGUCAACGAGAAAGAGAGGGACAUUGCAAAGAAGAGGCAAUACAAGAACUAUGGAUUGGAUCUGAUGAAAGGCAAAGUCGUGGAUGUCGUCAAGAUGGGUGUCCUAGAACCUAGCAUGAGCAAGGUCAAGCAGCUCAAGAGUGCUGUCGAAGCCUGUAUUGCCAUCAUGCGAAUCGACACGCUGAUCAAGUUGGAUCCGCCUGAGCAGGCUCCAGACGACGGACAUGGACACUAA